AGGGAUCUAGAUGGAGCAGGUACUGAAUAGGCAGACAAGGCAGAAUUGACUGUUCAAUCAACAAAAUCCUAUAAGGAAGAAACAUGGAAAAGAGACACCUGUGCUCCAGCUCCACUGUUGCGGUCAUGAAGCUAGUCCCUGGUGACAUUGCAAAACGACUUGAGGAGAUGGUGCAGCUGACAGCUCAGAACCUACCUCAGGUGGAGGUGACCAGUAGUUACACCAUCCUCCGAGAGCUGGGAAGUGGUGCCUUUGGGCACGUGUUGAUGGCAGUCCACCAUCGCCAAGGAACCCCCAUGGCACUGAAAUUUGUACAUAAAAAAGAUACAGAGCUGCAGGAUUUCCUUAGUGAAUAUUGCAUUGCACUGACUUUAGGGGCCCACCCCUGCAUUGCCACCGCCCUUGGGAUUGCCUUCCAAACCCCCCAACACUAUGUCUUUGCACAAGAAUUGGCACUGGCUCGUGACCUCUUCUCUCUCAUGGUGCCACAGGUUGGUGUGCCUGAGCAGCAGGUAAAGCGCUGUGUCCUCCAGCUUGCUAGUGCCCUGGAGUACAUGGAAUCCAAAGGGCUAGUCCAUCGAGAUGUCAAGCCAGAAAACGUGCUGCUCUGUGACCCUGCGUGCCGCCGCAUCAAGCUGACUGACUUUGGGCUGAGCUGUCCAAAGGGCCGGGCCAUUGAGGCCUUGCCUGAAAGCCUGCCUUAUACCUCACCUGAAAUGUGUAUCCUGGGGCCCAAAGCUCAUUUGGAAGCCCAGCCGAGCCUUGAUACCUGGGCUCUCGGAGUGCUGAUGUUCUGUGUGCUAACCGGCUACUUCCCCUGGCUUACGGCUGUGCCUUCUGAUCAGUAUUACCGCAGCUUUGUCUCCUGGCAUCGCAGCCCCCGUUUUGUUCCGCUCCCAGCCCACUGGGAACGUUUCACUCCCCAAGCAUUAGAAAUGUUGCAGGGGCUCCUGACACCUAACCCAGCACUCCGUAGCCCCGCCAAGGUGGUGAUGAAUUACAUCAAAAUGCCUUGGUUGCUACCAGAAGUAAAGAGUCGUGUCCGACCCAGCAGGGAACUUCUUGGCACUAACCGGCGAUGCUAAAGACCAGGUCUGUUGUAAGGAGAAAGAAGAGAGUCCAAACCUCACCUUAGCUCUUGAGGGACCAAAGAUGCCCAUCACCAAAUGAAGACAGCUUGUUUAGGAAAAAUCAGUCAAGCCAGGGAAACAGGAAAAAGACGAUCGGGAAACAGAGCAAGCUGGUUGCUGAGCAAGGAAGGACAAAAUGACUCAGGGAAGACCUGUGCAAGUUAAUCUUGGAAAUAUUGCUAUCUCCUGUCUCUAUUCUGGAUCAGAAUUUCAAAAAGACUUGAUUUCAGUCUUUCCUUGAUCAAGAAUUGUCCCUCAUAUUCUUACGUUAAAGCUUCAUAAAAGGAACCAAGUGAGUUAAAGCCCAAAACACUUGUAGGUGCCCUCAUUCUUUCUGGAUCCAAUCAAAUGGGGUCAACUUAAAAUUUCUUCUGAAUGAAUGGGGGCAAAAAAA